CCUUUUCCUCCCAGUUCCGGUAAAAAUCUGCGAUUAGAAAACUAAAAGAAGAAAGUCCCAAAUCCAUGGUGGUUUGCUAUUCCCGUUUCCUCUCUAAGAAGCCUUGAUCCCUAGAAUUCACUCUCUCUUUGUCUCUACACAUCGAGCCCGCCAAAUUUAGCCAUUCCUUCCUCUCCAGUCCAUUUCAGCUGGCUUGCUGCGUGACGGCUCUCCAUUGGAGCUUCGGCGCUUGCCCUCUUUUGCUACCGGCCGUUUGCGUGUUCGUGAAAACUGACUCCGGCGGAGGUACAUCAGCUAAGGCGUAAUUGAAUCUAGGGUUGGUUCCUCAACUUGCGAAGCUACUAAUUCGGUUGGAAGAAUCGCUUCCUUGCUAGGUUUUCUGAUUGCGAAUUCAUUCAGAUUAUGUAGCUGAAGCAGGAUUAGUGGUGAAUCUUCGCGUAUUUAUGAAUGCCACGCAGUUUUGAAUAAAUUAUUCUUUCUGCUUGGAAAAAUUCGCUGGCUUUUUUAGUUUGUGUCCGCGUCCCCUCAGCUGGACUGUGUUGGGAAGAGCAGCAGGAUUAGCGAAGCGUCCGGGAAUUUCAGAAUUAGGGUGAAAUAGAGGAUUGGGAGUCGGGGAAGUGAAGUUGAAUCGGCUUUUUUUUUUCUUUUUCCAUUGGGGUUUCUCUGAAGGAAGCAAGACGAAGAAGAAAGAAGAAAAGGUUGAAACUUUGUAGUGUAGGGUUGUUGUUUUGACUGUUAGCAAUGGCCUCUUACAGGCCAUUCCCUCCACAGUCGGCUUUUCCUCAACCUCCACCUCCUCCACCACCGAAUCAAGCGCCACCACCUCAGCCACCUCCACCACCGCAGCAACCACCACACAGGCCAAACCAGUACAGUCAAAACUAUGCACCUCAUAUGCCUCCUCCUCCUCCUCCUACAUCAUUCCCACAGAACUAUUCACAACAGCAGAAUUUUCCAUAUCCUCAUCCAAGAGCUCAGCCGCCACCUUCCCACCAGCAAUACCCCUAUCAGCCUCCACCUCCAAUGCCAGCAGCACCGCCACCUCCACUUCCUGACUCUUCAUAUCCUCCUCCACCUCCACCGCCAGGGCCAAGUCAACCACAACAGCAACAGUCAUCAUCUAUGUAUUACCGACCUUCUCAAUUUUCACAGUAUAAUCAACCGCCAAUGCAGCCCAUCCCUCCUCCCCCUUCUUCUUCUCCGAGUUCCUCAAUGCCACCACCACCACCACCACCCAGCUCGCCGCCUCCUCCGCCACCUCCAAAAGAAAGUGGGGUGGAAAGAGAGAGAGGGGGUUCGAGGGACAAGAGAGAGCACAGGAACUUGGAGCAUGGGAAAUCAAAUCAGCAGAAACUUCCAAUUCCUCCACCCUCCAAGAAGGCCAACGGGGCAGUAGGAAGGGUAGAGACAGAGGAAGAGAGAAGAUUGAGGAAGAAGAGGGAAUUCGAGAAGCAAAGACACGAGGAUAAACAUAGGCAGCAGAUGAAAGAGUCACAGAACUCGAAUCUGCACAAGAGUCAGAUUGCAUCUUCUCAUAAGGGACAUGGUUCUAUUAUUGGGCAACGGGUUGGGGAUAGGAGGGCCACACCGUUAUUGACUGCAGAAAGGAAUGAGAACAGGUUGAAAAAGCCAACAACAUUCUUGUGCAAGCUGAAAUUCCGUAAUGAACUUCCAGAUCCAAGUGGACAGCCAAAAUUUAUGAGAAUGAAGAAAGAUGACGACCGGUUUACUAAGUACAUGAUCACUUCUUUGGAGAAGAUGUAUAAGCCAAAGCUAUAUGUCGAGCCAGAUCUUGGGAUUCCUCUUGACCUCCUUGAUCUCAGUGUUUAUAAUCCCCCAAGUGUGAGACCACCUCUGGACUUGGAGGAUGAGGAAUUGUUGCAGGAUGAUGAGGCACAUACCCCCGUGAAAAAAGAUGGGAUAAAAAGAAAAGAAAGGCCGACUGAUAAAGGCGUGUCAUGGCUAGUCAAAACACAGUAUAUAUCUGGUUAUAGCAUGGACUUGAACAAGCAGUCUAAUACUGACAAGCAAGCAAAGGACCGAGAAAAGAAAGGAGCCCACCUCUUGGACAACCUUAAUGAUAGGGAGAGACAGAUCAAAGACAUCGAGGCAUCAUUUGAGGCAUGCAAGUUACCACCUGUCCACGCAACCAAUAAAAACUUGCAUCCUGUGGAGGUUUUGCCACUGUUACCUGAUUUUGAUCGGUAUGGUGCUGCUAAUGCUUUAUGAUUCUUGAAUCAUUUAAUUGCAGCCGGUCUCUUAUAGGUUCAGUGUUUGUAUUUGAUGUUUUAUAAUUGCUUAUGGCGAGUUGGGCAAAUCAGGAAAAUUGUAUGAAGAAGUAUGGAAAUGAUGUGGAUAAGUUAUUGUUUUAACAGAGCGUGGUUAACUUACUUCUUUUGUGUUCUCUGUUAUUGCACUGGGUUAGGGCAUUUUAAGAUUCCAAUAAACCUGCGACCUGUGAUGUUGAACCAGGUAUGAAGGUAAAUUCACCAUGGUGACAUUUGACGGUGCUCCUACAGCAGACUCUGAACAAUAUGGCAAGUUGGAUCAGUCUGUUCGAGAUGACUGUGAAUCACGGGCUGUUAUGAAGGCCUGUGUGAUCUCGGGCCCUGAUCCGGCAAAUCCAGAGAAGUUCUUGGGCUAUAUGGUUCCUAAUCCUAAUGAGCUGUCAAAGGAUAUGUUUGAUGAAGACGAGGAUAUCUCAUAUUCCUGGAUUCGAGAAUACAAUUGGGAUGUACGUGGUGACGAUGGUGAACCAACAACGUUCGUUGUUUCGUUUGAUGAGUCUGAAGCUCGAUAUCUGCCACUUCCGUCGAAGAUUACAUUGAAAAGGAAAAGAGCCAUAGAGGGAAGAUCCAAUGACGAGGUUGAACAUUUCCCUGCACCCGGAAGAGUGACUGCCAGGUGGCGCCGUGAAGCAGCUUCAAUCGAGCUUAGGGAACCAGGGGUUAGUAGCAUAAAAUCAAGAGGUAACAACUCAAAGUCGAGGAUCACGGCACGGUCUGAAGAUGAAGAAGAAGACGAAUACGAUGAUGAUGACCUCGAAGAGAGACAUCAUAAGAUGUCCCGGAACCAAGAUAUCAACCAAUAUAGUGCUGGCGAAGAUGAAUUUUCUGACGAAUAAACAAGUUUUAUGGUGGUGGAUAUAAUUUUUUCGAUACCAGAAAAGAGGGUGUUGGGUAGAGAAGAAGGAUUGUCAGGGGUUGUAAAAUAGAAAGUUGCCAGAGGAAGUUGGCUUCUUUUCUGGGUUUCUACUCUCUGCUCUUUUCGCUGAGAAAUG